AAAAGAACACUUUAGUAUACACUGCUUGCACUAGUGCCGCAAGUGUAGAGGAAAAGAAUAGAUCUAAUUAAUGAACACUAGUGCACUGAAUGCACUCAUUGCUUUAUCGAAGAGAAUCUGAAAUGGUGAAUUGUGGCCGGUAGUGUGUUGUAUUCCAAAAUUUAGCAAUAAAAAUCCUAAUACUGAACGUCGUUAAGCGUCUCAUACAAUAAUAACAACAACGUAUAUUAUAAACAUGGCACAUCAAUUGCUCUCGUCGGCCAGUAAAUUAGAAAGGUUGAUCUUAAAAUCUACACAGAAAGGUUACUUCGAUACAUUUCAGCUAAGGCGGCAUUUAUCUUUACUCAAAAAUGAUGCAAUAAUAUCUACAAUUGAACAGUUACAGCAGAAGUGGAGAUUAUUUUGUAAACAACCACCUAAAGGAUUUGAAAAGUUUUAUAAACCAGGUGAAACUAAGAGUGCUGAAAAUGUUGGCAAAAAGACAGAAAAAGCAUCAAGUAAAAAAGCUACUACACAAAAACCAUCAUCUAGCUCUAGCUCUUCAUCUACUUCGAAAGACUCAGGUUUUCAGUGGAUAUUUAAGGUUUUCGGGGAUAGCACUCAACGUGGGUCUAAAGGGUUUGAAGGUGGUGACAAAGACAGGACAUUCAUGAUUUUGAGUGCAAUUGGAAUGUCUGGUCUUAUUGCAUAUAUAUUUACUCAAGAUUUUAAUCAAAAAGAAAUCACAUGGAGAGAAUUCAUAUACAAUUAUUUAGGUAAAGGUCUUGUCGAGAAAUUAGAAGUGGUAAAUAAAAAAUGGGUGCGUGUAAGACUUAUGCCUGGGAAUACUGUUGAUGGCUCAGAUACUUUGUGGUUUAAUAUUGGUAGUACAGAUACAUUCGAAAGAAAUCUUGAAAAUGCACAAAUUGAAUUAAACAUUGGACCUGAGAAUUAUAUUCCUGUGGUUUACAAAAAUGAAGUAGAAAGUAUAAACCUAUUGUCGUAUCUGCCACAGAUUUUAAUGUUGGGUUUCCUAAUUUUCUUGGUUCGGAGAUCUGCAGAAGCAAUGACAGGUAAAGGAGGUAAAAGAGGUGGAAUAUUUGGUCAAGUAAUGGAGUCUACAGCGAAGCUGAUCAAUUCCAAAGAUAUUGGCGUACGAUUUAAGGAUGUAGCUGGAUGUGAAGAAGCUAAGAUAGAAAUUAUGGAAUUUGUAAAUUUCCUGAAGAAUCCACAGCAAUAUAUAGAUCUUGGAGCUAAAAUACCAAAGGGCGCUAUGUUAACAGGGCCACCUGGUACUGGUAAAACAUUGUUGGCUAAAGCUACUGCCGGUGAAGCGAAUGUACCCUUCAUUACAGUGUCGGGUUCUGAAUUUUUGGAAAUGUUUGUGGGUGUUGGUCCCUCUAGAGUGCGCGAUAUGUUCUCUAUGGCACGAAAACAUGCACCGUGUAUAUUAUUUAUUGACGAGAUCGAUGCGGUAGGUAGGAAGAGAGGAGGUCGAAACUUUGCGGGGCAUUCAGAACAAGAAAACACUCUAAACCAGCUCCUGGUAGAAAUGGAUGGAUUCAACACUACGACCAACGUGGUAGUUUUAGCGGCGACUAAUAGGAUAGAUAUCUUAGACAAAGCAUUGUUGAGACCUGGAAGAUUCGAUAGACAAAUAUUUGUACCUGCACCAGAUAUUAAAGGACGGGCGUCUAUCUUCAAAGUGCAUUUAGCUCCUUUGAAAACAACAUUAGAUAAAGAUCAAUUGGCGAGAAAGAUGGCUUCCUUGACUCCUGGAUUCACAGGAGCUGAUAUCGCGAACGUUUGUAAUGAAGCAGCUCUGAUAGCAGCUAGGGAUUUGAAUGAUAACAUUCAAUUGAAAAACUUUGAACAAGCUAUCGAAAGAGUAGUCGCCGGCAUGGAAAAAAAAACUAACGUAUUACAGCCUGAAGAGAAAAAGACAGUCGCAUAUCAUGAGGCUGGUCAUGCAGUAGCUGGCUGGUUCCUGGAAUAUGCAGAUCCGCUUUUGAAGGUGUCCAUCAUCCCACGCGGAAAAGGAUUAGGAUAUGCACAAUAUUUACCGCGUGAACAAUAUCUUUACACAAAGGAACAGUUAUUUGAUCGAAUGUGUAUGACACUUGGUGGACGAGUGUCAGAAGAAAUAUUUUUCGGCCGUAUAACUACAGGCGCCCAAGAUGAUUUACAGAAGAUCACACAAAUUGCUUACGCGCAAAUUACGCAAUUCGGUAUGAAUGAGAAGGUCGGGAACGUCAGUUUUCAAGCACCGAAGCCAGGAGAUAUUGUUUUAGACAAGCCAUAUUCUGAAUACACUGCACAACUUAUUGACAAUGAGGUUCGCGAUUUGAUUAAUAGUGCGCAUAAGCGAACGCGAACUCUUCUAUCUGAGCAUAAAGAAGAUGUAAUCAAGGUUGCCGAGCGAUUACUGAAACAGGAAAUUUUAAGUAGAGAUGACAUGAUCGAAUUACUCGGAGUCCGACCUUUCCGUGAGAAAUCCACAUACGAGGAAUUCGUCGAAGGCACUGGCUCUUUUGAAGAGGACACUACGUUACCGGAGGGGUUAAAGGAAUGGAAUAAGCCACGAGAGGAAGACUCCGAGGAUGGUAACAAAAAAGACAAAGAAGCGGAAUCUGACCAGUCUCAAACGAAACCUUCCAAGUUAGCCUCCGAUGAUAAGCAACAGCCACAGCAACGAUUGUAAUUGUAAUAUUUUAGUGUAUCAAAAUGCUUUGUAUGAUAGUUGAAAAUACACAAUUACGAUAAGUCAACAAUGUAUUCAACUACAUCAACUGUUAUGCAUGAUAAGAUUAUCAUUUAGCAUAAUUGUGUUUUCGUAUAAUAAAAUCUGAACGACACUUUCUACGUGAUGUAAUUCUCGCGUUAAAUUUCUUUUAAUGUUCAUUUACAAUUAAGUAUUGUAGUGCAGAAUGUGUGAUUGCUCGCGACUCACUAAACUAAUAUCUUUUGUUUUAUGUAACAUUGAAACAUCAAAUAUUUAGUAAAGUUUUUUAAAUAUGUGAUUAUAUUAAAGACAUAUUAGUGUUUAAUA